ACGCAAAUAGUCCGUGCUUCAUAUCCAGUGAUCAAAGCUCAACCUCGUCGCUCGAUUCCGUACCAUGACUACCGCUGUAAUGAUGGAUUACGAAUUCAAGAUGAAAACACAGCAGGAGCGUGCCAAAGUGGAAGAUCUAUUCGAAUAUGAGGGUUGCAAGGUAGGCCGGGGUACGUAUGGACACGUUUACAAGGCACGACGCAAGGAGGGCAACGAUUCGAAGGAUUACGCUCUGAAGCAAAUCGAAGGAACUGGUCUAUCAAUGUCCGCUUGUCGUGAGAUUGCACUGCUUCGCGAAUUGAAACAUCCGAAUGUGAUAAACCUUAUUCGCGUGUUCCUGUCGCACACGGAUCGCAAAGUGUGGCUUUUGUUCGAUUACGCCGAGCACGAUCUGUGGCAUAUUAUAAAGUUCCAUCGAGCGGCCAAAGCGACGAAAAAGCCUGUCAUGGUCCCGAAAGGCAUGGUAAAGAGCUUACUUUAUCAAAUAUUGGAUGGAAUUCAUUAUUUGCACAGCAAUUGGGUAUUGCACAGGGAUCUGAAACCGGCAAAUAUUCUGGUAAUGGGAGAAGGAAAUGAACGCGGUCGGGUGAAAAUUGCUGAUAUGGGAUUUGCCCGUUUAUUUAACGCCCCAUUAAAACCGUUGGCCGAUCUUGAUCCGGUAGUCGUCACGUUUUGGUAUCGAGCGCCAGAACUACUUUUAGGUGCACGGCAUUACACGAAAGCGAUCGAUAUAUGGGCGAUUGGAUGCAUUUUCGCUGAACUUCUUACUUCGGAACCGAUUUUCCACUGUCGGCAAGAGGAUAUCAAAACGAGCAACCCGUACCAUCACGAUCAGCUGGAUCGCAUAUUCAACGUUAUGGGCUUUCCACAGGACAAAGACUGGGAAGAUAUUAGAAAAAUGCCGGAACAUCACACACUGACGAAAGACUUUAAGCGGUCGAAUUAUGCAAGUUGCUCCUUGGUGAAAUACAUGGAAAGACACAAAAUCAAACCAGACAGUAAAGCUUUUCAUCUACUGCAAAAGCUACUGCUGAUGGAUCCCAACAAGCGUAUCACCUCGGAGCAGGCCAUGCAAGAUCCAUAUUUUUCGGAAGAUCCAAUGCCGACAGCCGACGUGUUUGCCGGGUGCCCGAUUCCAUAUCCCAAGCGUGAGUUCCUCACGGACGAGGAUCAGGACGACAAAGGGGAAAAGAGGCAGCAACAGCAGCAGCAACAGCAGCAACAACAACAACAACAGCAACAGCAGCAGCAGCAAAACAACCAACAACAGAACAAUCAGCAACAAAAUCAGCAAGGCAAUGUACGGAGACAACAGCAGCAACAACAGCAACAAAAUGCACAGCAACAACAAUCAGGAAGUGGCGGUAUUGAUCACAAUAAUGCCAAGCGAGUGCGACUUUCUGGUCCCAACGGACAUCCAAAUAAUUCGCAAGGUGGAAUGACACAACAAGAAUACCAUCAGCAGCAGCAACAACAGCAAAAUCAGCAACAGCAGCAGCAACAACAACAGAAUCAAAUGAUGUUCAACAGUGCACAACAAGGUGGAUUCCAACAACGGUAUUAAUUAUAAAGCAAACGUA